CCGUCUCGUUCUCGUCGCACCUCGCCUCGGCCUCGCCCCGCGCCCCGCCCCGCCCGCGCUCGAUCCGUGCGCGCCAUGGCCUCGGGCCAACAGGCCCUCCCGGUCCCUGCCCCCGUCCCGCCCAACCCUAACCCGACCGCACCAGCCGACCCGACCCCGCCCGCCGGGGCUCGCAAGCUCCCCAUCAAGCGCCGCUCCCCGCGGCCGUCCUCCUCGCCCCCGUCCUCGUCCUCCCCGGCCUCCUCCGACCCGCUCCGCGCCCCCGCGGCCGGCGGCGGCGGCGCCGGAUCCGACCAGCAGCAGCCGCCCUUCAAGUUCCAGCGGAUCUGGUCCGAGUCCGAUGAGCUCCGCUUCCUGCAGGGCCUCCUCGGCUGCGGCGCGCAGGGCCUCGUCUUCCCACGCGACCUCAACGUCUUCUACGACCGCUUCUCCGAGUCCAUGCCCCAGCCCUACACCCGCGCCCAGCUCUCCGAGAAGCUCCGCCGCCUCAAGAACAAGUACCGCAGCGUGUCCGCGCGCGUCGCCGGGGGCCUCGACCCGGCCCGCCUCGCGCCGCACGACCGCGACGUGCUCCACCUCUGCUCCAGGCUGUGGGACCCCGCCAACGCCGCCACCUCGCCCUUCACGUCCGGCGGUGGGGCGUCCGGGAACAAGCGCCGCCGCGCCAACCCGCGAGGCACGCAGCUCCUGGCCCCGGAUGCGUCCGGGGAUAGCAACUCCCAUGACUACAAUGGGGUUAGUUCCUCUGCCCCGGGCUUGUUUCCGGAUGUUUCCAAUGGCGAGGAUGUGUUCUACCUUGAGCAGGAAAGCAGGCACCUAGGCGACCACGAGGGUGCCACCCUUGAUAGCAAAUUUGGUGUUAUUGUGCAGGAGCAGCCUGAGGACGUGGUUGCUCUCCCGAAUGGGAACAAUGGAAUUGGCAAUGAGAUUGGAGACCACAAAGUGGUGGUGCCAUGUAGCAACGAGCAUCGAAUGGCAAAUGCGGUGCUGGAUGUGUUUGAGGAGUGCCUGAGGGAGGCAAAGGCUAGCGGGAUUAUCAAUAAUGGCAACGUGGGUGGGAGUGCUGAGGAAAGUGAGCUUGCAAAGCGGUGGAGAGUGCAGAGGAUGGAUGAGCUUCAUGUCUUAAGCCGGAGGCUGAGGUUGCUCGUUGAGGAUGCUGCAGCAGCUGGGCACUGAAGCAGAGAUUUUGGUGGUUUUGGUGAUGUGCUUCCAGCCUUUGCCUCAUUUGUAUAGAAGCUAGGUUAUUGUGCUAUGCUUUGUAAUGUUUUCCUCAGCUUGACCCUUGCCUCUAGAAAGCCUACUAUAUUUGCCUUUGUACACCUCUAUGGAUAUUAUUGUCGAGUUUAAUAAUUUGAGCAGCAUAAUAAUCUAUGAUAUUUUAGCAUUGUUCUUAUCA